GGGUCACAAAAGCGUGCAGCUGCCACGUGACCUUUGAUUCAGAUCUUUUGGUGGGUCGCUCGUGAUACACUCAAGUCAACAUCGGAGCCAGCGAGCGAUUAUGUCAUCAGGAAGUUCAUCACCGCCGCCGAGCUUGUGGCUGGCGGCGAAUCCGAGUAAGAGAUGGGGGGAGCUCUUCUUCCUCUUAUAUACUCCCUUCUGGCUCACUCUCUGUUUAGGCAUCGUUGUUCCUUACAAGCUUUACGAGACAUUCACGGAGUUGGAGUAUCUGCUUCUGGCCUUGGUUUCUGCUGUUCCUGCUUUCCUCGUACCAAUGUUACUCAUUGGAAAGGCUGACAGAAGUUUAUGCUGGAAGGACCGCUAUUGGGUUAAGGCAAAUCUCUGGAUUAUUGUUUUCAGCUAUGUGGGAAAUUACUUUUGGACACACUAUUUCUUUAAAGUUCUUGGAGCGUCUUAUACGUUUCCGUCAUGGAAAAUGAAUAAUGUGCCUCACACAACAUUCUUCCUAACACAUGUUUGCUUCCUCUUUUACCACGUUGCAUCCAACAUGACUCUUCGAAGGCUACGACAUUCCACUGCUGAUUUACCCGAUUCUCUGAAAUGGUGUUUUGAGGCUGCAUGGAUACUGGCGCUUUCUUAUUUCAUUGCAUACUUGGAGACUAUUGCUAUUGCAAAUUUUCCUUACUACGAGUUCGUGGACCGAAGUGCCAUGUACAGAGUUGGAUGUUUGUUCUAUGCCAUUUACUUCCUCGUGAGCUUCCCAAUGUUCUUCAGGAUGGAUGAGAAAUCAAGUAACGAGUGGGAUUUAUCCCGAGUGGCUGUUGAUGCUUUGGGUGCUGCUAUGUUGGUAACUAUCAUUCUUGAUUUAUGGCGUCUCUUCUUGGGACCUAUAGUUCCUUUACCAGAGGGACAAAGAUGCCUAGAGUCUGGAUUACCAUGGUUCUCCAAUUGACAAUUGAAAGAUGGGCUGCUUCCACCAAUUCAGGGAAUAGCAUUGGACUGAAAGAGAAACCUGCGCAAGAGUGUCCGUGAAAACUUUAACGGAAUGGGGAAGCAGUUAAUGCGAUUUUGGGCAUGUUUCUGAGGUUUUUCUUCUCCCAGAUGACUGCUGCAUUGUUGUUAUUUUUUCAGUUCCUCCUUAUGGACUUGGCAAAGAUAUCUCAGAACAGAAUGAAAUUUUUUUUGUUGUGGAACUGGUAUCGAUGUAUUGGUCUGUCCUCUUAAGUUUGAUAUAACAUAAAGGCCACAACACCAUUUGAUGAA